GUUAAGAUUUUUGCUUUCCUAUUGGGUUUUUCGGUUUUAUUGGUUGCCUUAUCUUGAAGAGCUCUAAGAGCUAAAAGUUUCUAAUUGGCGAUCAUUUUCUUUUCUGGUGGGUUAUUGAAGGCCUCUUUCAUUUCUGGAGUUUUUUUUUUUUUAAUUAUCAAUACUAUCAAGAUGGAGUUUUGAGUGUUAGGAUUAUCAGUAAGCCAAAAAAAAAAAAACUGUUUAUUGAGCAACAAGAUUAUGCAACCUGCUUGCUUAUCUUCGAAACUUUUCUUGAAUUAUUGUUUUCUUUUCAUGUUGCCCAUCUAUGGUCGAGCUGCGAGAAUUUUACUUCUGAAUUGGUUUUAAAAUUGGUUGUCUUUAUUUUGCCCUUUGUCUCUGCUGGUUCAAGUUCUUCUACCUUUGGUGUUGUUCUAUACUUAAAAAUAAGCAAUCCAUAAACAAAUUCCUAUCAUUGCUCUGGUUGACGCUUUUUUAGGCUAAUUGAUGGGGAUUAGCGUGGGGACUAAGGCCUAGACGCUUAGUUGACAUGUUUUAUAUAUCUUUCUUCUUUAACUGAAGUUUAGCACAAAGUCUGUGAGUCAGGAUAUAUCUUUUGAAUGGGGACUGAUAAUAUCGAAGUUGUGGAGACUCCGUCUUAUUCCUAUCAUAGUACCUUUAAGGUGCAUCACAUGAUGUGCAUGGAGCUUAGGAAGUUUGUUGAUAGAAUUCAAAGGAUCUUUCCAGAAAUUGAAGCUGCUCGACCUAGAUGCUCGUCGGGAAUAAAGGCACUAUGCUUACUGAAUAAUGCAAUUGAGAAAGGAAAGUUGCUACUUCAGUACUGCAGCGAGUCAAGUAAACUGUAUCUGGCAGUAACGACAGAUGCCAUAGUUUCAAGAUGUAAAAAAGCAAAGAACUUGUUAGAACAAGGGUUAUGCCAGAUUCAGAGUAUGGUCCCAGUUAUGCUGGUUGUUGAGAUCUCUCAAAUAGUUGAUGAUUUGCGAGCUGCAAAUUUUGUCCCUGAUAAAUUUGAUGCCGAAGCUGGGAAGGUCGUCAGAGGUUUGCUUCAUCAGGGAGCAGCAACGCCAGAUUCACUGGAAUAUGCUGAAAUGAGAGCUCUUCAAACUGCAGCAUCUCAACUUCAUAUUACAUCUUCAACAACCAUCUUGAUUGAGAAAAGAUCUAUCAAGAAGUUGCUGGAAAAAGUCAGCGAUACUGACCUACAAAAAACGAAAAUCUUGAAAUAUCUUUUGUAUCUGUUGAAGAAGUACGGUCAUUUGAUUAUCAGAGAGCAAACAGACAACACAGUUGAUCAUAAUGGAGUAUUUACAGUUAACCCCGGUAUUAAUUUUGUAUCUGCUCACUCUGUUGAUGUGGAAUCUCGGAAGGAGUAUCAGCAGUAUGAUGUUCAAUCUGAUAAGUUAAGUGGAUCUUCACCUCCUGAGGAAUUUAAAUGCCCCAUAUCUUUAAGAUUGAUGUAUGAUCCUGUUGUCAUUGCUUCUGGACAAACAUUUGAAAGGGUUUGGAUUCAGAAGUGGUUUGAUGAUGGUAAUGAUAUGUGCCCAAAAACUGAAACGAAACUGGCCCAUCUGUCAUUGACACCAAAUGCUGUCAUGAAGGAUCUGAUAUCAAAUUGGUGUACAAAGUACGGAAUCACCAUUAAGGACCCAAGCUUGCAAUCAGAUAUGCUUCAUUCAUUGGAAAAUUCUUCCACUUCCAUAGCUAGUUUCGGUAGUUCUAUAAAUGAUAUGCGCUUUCCAGUGGACAUCAGCAAUAUCUCAAUUGGAUCUUUAGAUACCAGUUAUAAUUCUGAUGGAUCACCAAACAAGGUUGCAGAUGGCUUAAGAUUGAUACGAAAGCAGACUAGUGACGAUCUUUGCCAAUAUCAAAAUCCUAGCAAUGCAUGCAAGAUGGAUGUGGAGUCUCUAUGUAGCCUUCCUGAGCUUGAUUGGGAAUCACAGUACGAGAUUGUUGAAGAUAUGAAAAAUCACUUGAAAUGUGACGAUUUAGCUUGUAUGUCCAUGCCAUCCAAGAAUUUCAUUGAACCUUUGAUUAAAUUUUUAAGCCUUGCUCGUGAUAUGCGUCAUAUUAGAGCACAAAAGGCUGGAUUUCAGUUGUUGUUGAUGUUUCUGAGCAAAACCAGGAAUGGCAUACGGUACUUAAAUGAAGAUGCAUAUAGCCUGCUGUCACUGUCUCUCAACUCAGAAGUGACUAAAGAGGUUCUUGACAUUAUCGAAGUAUUGUCUGCACAAAGCAGUAGCAAAUCUAAGAUUGCUGCAUCUGGGGCUCUUAUUUCCAUAUUAAAUAUUCUUGACUCAAAGAUCAUGGAGUUCCAGGAACAAGUCAUUAAAAUUUUGCACAAUCUGUCCUCAAACCACGACAUUUGUUCCAAUAUAGCAUCUUUGGAAUGCAUUCCAAAGUUCGUCCCAUUCCUAGAAGAUACUACUCUUGCGAGGCACUGCAUAGUAGUGUUGAGAAAUUUGUUAAAUAACCAAGAUGCUCGGCUUUCUAUUACUGAAACUCCGGGAUGCAUUACUUCUAUUGCUAUGUUAAUCGAGACUGGCAGUCACGAGGACCAAGAGCAUGCACUGGCUAUUCUCCUCACAUUGUGCUCGCAACGUGUUGAAUAUUGUCAAUUAGUGAUGGAUGAAUGUGAUAUAUUCCCUGCCCUUUUCGAUGUUUCUGUUAAUGGAAGUGAUAAAGGAAAGGCAAGUGCGAUGGAAUUGCUGCGGCUGCUUAGAGAUACCAACCAUCAUGAUGAGGAAAAAGACCACCUUCAAUCUGACUAUGUCACAUCCGAAGAUGCUAGCAACUAUCCCAAAGACAAGAAGUCUCAUAAGUCAUUGUUCAGAGUGAAAUUGCCAAUGUUCUCAAGAUCCAGUGCACAGAAAAAGAAGAAAUGA